AUGUUCUCUUUGGAUAAUUUCGAUUUGGAGGCAACAAUGGCCCGCCACUUUUUUGAAGGCUCCCAGGCCACAAAUGGUUCCUCUUCAUCGAGUUCGGAAUUUUUCUUUGGCGAUGAUAAUAGCACGGAUACCGAUGAUGAUGAUGCCUAUAGCAGCGGCUUCAACAGCGAUCAGGAGAAUACGGAGAAAACCCGACCACACAAAAUGCGUCGCAUGAAAUGUGCCUCGCAAGUUGCUCAGCAGCGGCAGGCGGCCAAUUUGCGGGAACGUCGUCGCAUGCAAUCGAUCAAUGAGGCAUUUGAAGGUCUGAGAUCGCAUAUACCAACAUUGCCGUAUGAAAAACGUCUGAGUAAAGUGGAUACUUUGAAAUUGGCCAUUAGCUAUAUUACGUUCCUUAGCGAAAUGGUUAAAAAGGAUAAAAAUGGCAAUGAACCGGGAUUGACGCUGAAGCGAAAAUAUCAAAAGGAGCCACCAAAGAAGAUAAUUUUGAAAGAUCGAUCCGGCGGCAUGGCCCAUUCUUUAUCGUGGUAUCGUCGUGGCGAUCGUUAUCCUGGCAGCAAAUUAUAUGCCCGCACCUGGACACCAGAAGAUCCCAGAUCGCAUAUAACCCAUUCGGUGGCCCAUCAUCUACAGCAGCAACAACAACAACAGCAGCACCAGCAACAACAGCUC